CCCCCAUUGGCCUAGCUAGUAGCUAACUAGCCUCGGGACUCAACUCACCCAAAUAUUAAGAACUUGAAAACAUCAGCCCUGGAUGUCAGGAGGUGCUGUCAUAGACAACAACCGUGUGCUAGAACACUGGACUGAGACGACCUGCAGUUGUCUGAGUGGCUUCCUCUUUCUGCGUGGCAUCAUGGGAAAGGAGGCGUGUCUACGAUAUACCUCUUCUACCUCGCUCCCUCCUCCUCUCUCCCUCCCUCUGAUGCCGGGGUUCAGUAGUGGGGGACUAGGUGGGGAGGUGGGUGGCCCCGCCGCCUCUCCUCCCUGCCCGUUCCGACCCAGUCGCUUCGUUCCCGUCUCCGCGGCAACCACUUUCCUGGUCGGCUCCACCACGCUCUUCUUCUGCUUCACGUGUCCGUGGUUGUCAGAGCAUGUCUCCUCCGUCAUUCCCAUCUAUAACGCUGUGGUCUUCCUCUUCACCCUCGCCAACUUCUGCAUGGCCACCUUUAUGGACCCAGGGGUCUUUCCCAGAGCGGAAGAGGAUGAGGAUAAAGAGGAUGAUUUCCGCGCUCCGCUCUAUAAAACGGUGGAAGUUAAGGGCAUUCAGGUCCGGAUGAAGUGGUGCUCCAGCUGCCGUUUCUACAGACCGCCCCGCUGCUCACACUGCUCUGUGUGUGACAACUGUGUGGAGGACUUUGACCACCACUGCCCGUGGGUGAACAACUGUAUCGGGCGCAGGAACUACCGUCACUUCUUCCUGUUCCUGUUGUCCCUGACGAUCCACAUCAUGGGAGUGUUUGGCUUCGGCCUGCUGUACAUCCUCCAGCACCAGCACCAGCUGGACAGUGUUCACUCCUCUGUCACUAUGGCUACGAUGUGUACCGCUGGUCUCUUCUUCAUCCCAGUAGCAGGUCUUACUGGUUUCCACAUGGUACUGGUAGCUCGGGGUAGGACCACUAACGAGCAGGUUACAGGGAAGUUUAGGGGUGGAGUUAACCCUUUCACCAAUGGCUGUCUUAGGAACGUCUCGCACGUGCUCUGUAGCUCUCAGGCUCCCAGGUACGUGGGGCGGUGGCGGGGGAAGCAGACAGUGGAGGUGCAGCCUCCCUUUCUCCGUCCUCCUCUCUCCGAGGCGCAGCUAGAGGCCAAAGUCCUGGACAAUGGCAUCCAGAACGACCACCACAGCAGCCGGUCUAAGAGCAGUUUGGAGCAGAUGGAGAGCCAGUCAGCAGAUGCAGAGCCUCCACCUCCUCCCAAACCGGAGGUCCGCUACCCUGGCCUGCCCCGCGCAGACACAGAGGAAAGCAGCUUGCUGUCUGAAGGUCUGUCCACUCCCUCUAUGUACAAGUACCGGCCGGCCUAUAGCAGCCCACAGAGGAACCACACAGCUCUGACACACCCAAACAAGAUGAUUCGUGGGGACAGUCUGGACUCCCCCUCCAUUCUCCAGUCGAGUCGCCAGGCCAGCUAUCGGUCUGAGCCCAGCAGCCUGGAUGGGGGGUCGGUAAUUGGUUUGGCGGCACGUGGAGGGGAGAGGGGCGAAGGCCCUGGGGGGUCCAGUGGGACGGGUGGGGAGGUUGCGGGGGGUAUCUCCGGGUACUCCCUAGGGGGGCGGUCGUACACUUCUUACCCCUCCUCUCUGGUCCUGUCCACCGGUGGUUCUCACUCCUCCAGCAUGCGCUCUGCCCACACACACCAUAAUACUCUGGGCACGCUCCAAUCAGAGGGCACCACCGACACUAGCUACAAGAGCCUGGCCAAUCAGACACCUCAGAACGGCAGCCUGUCCUACGACAGCCUGCUGACACCGUCCGAGAGCCCUGAGUUUGAGUCGGCCGCUCACGAGUUGUCUCCACAGAAGCCCCACGCCCCUGCAGCGUUUCCCCCGGCGAUGACCUCCUCGCCGCCCCCCGGGGUCAGGGAUGUGCCCUUGCAGGGGUACACCUCACCCUUCCUCUCAGCACAGAUGGCCCAGCAGAGAGAGGGCCAGCUGCUCCAGGGCUCUGCCUCUUUCUCCUCCCCCAACAGGGCAUACCUCCGCGCCUUCAGCCCUCCCCCGCCGAAUCCGCCACACGCUGCCCACCCUGAGACACAGCACCACCUCCUCCACCAGGACUCCAGACACCCACACCUCCGUGCCACCUCCUCCAUUCGCCCCCUUCCUCCCGUCUCUGAACAGCCCUCCCCCUCCUCCCCGCAUGCCUGUUCCCCGGACCCCCCUGUGUCUCCCCCGCCCAGAGCCCUCCUAAGGAAGUCCCCCUCCUACACCGGGGAGGCAGGGCUCCAGCACAAGGCUCGGCCAAUGGGAGGAGGCAGUUUGUCGGGAGAGGGCGGAGUCAGAGUGACCCAGGCUCCACAAUCCACCUCUCGCCCAGGCUUGGCCAAUCACAGCACAUCCAGACCAGUGGGCGGGGUGAAGAAGGUGACUGGCGUUGGAGGGACCACCUAUGAGAUAUCGGUUUGAGUGACAGACAUCCGCCGAAGAUAGAGGAGGAGAGGAGACUUGGAGAUGGUUAUUCAAUCACAUGCACACACACAAUGAAAGGACUAUCCUCUGCUCUUGGUCAAUAUGGAGUGGAUAGUGGAACAGAGGUGUUUGGCUCACUGGUACUUCAAUGACCUUAUUAUCUUUAUAAUGCCACUGGUCAUCUUUUCACUGCCGAUCUUUCUUUCGUAUUGGAUCGAAUGGCGACUGAAGUGAAACUCUGAAUGUUGACCAGUAAUGGAAUGGGACAACCUCUCCGCAGUCUGUGAGCCAUAGACUGUAUAACAUGAACGUUGUUAUGACAGCUGGGUACUAAACUCUUUAACGCAUAUAUACAAAGAUGAUUUAUUUCGGUACGUUAGGACAUGGAGAAUUUAUACGAUAAAAUAUCAUCCUGGAAAGGAGGGCAUUUGAACCAAUCAGUAUGGAGCCUGAGAGGGAGCAUAUGGACUGUUGACCAAUUGUGGCGCUCAGUGGUUCGAGACUUCCUGUCCCAUUCAAAUGGAUGGACCAAUCACAAUGGAUCACCCAUGUAAUUAGUCUGCAGCGAAUAUUCAGACUGCAGAGAUGAUGCCUCAACCUCUGCAAACACAGUUUAAUUUGAGUUUUAUAAAGAUAUUUUUUUUUAUAUAUUGUUUUUUAUAUAAAUGCCUAAAGAAUCUUUAAGAAUUAUUGGGUUAAUUGUUCAGAUGCUGGAGAUAGCAUUUUGGGGUUUGUGAAUGACUAUGAAUGUGAGUUAGACUAAUCGCUUGUUUUGAUUGAUGGCUGUAUCAGCCAGUCAUGGAGCUCGCUGCAAUUCUCAUCCAAAGAGAUUGGUGAUCGUAUAUAUGACGGCCAGCUGAAGAGGCCCGUCACUGAGGAUAUUGAAAGCCACAAAGAAAAUGUUUAUUCCGAAUCAUAAAUACAGUACACGCCUCUUUGUGGAAUGUACACUAGAAAUGUUAAUUAUUGAUACAUUAUGCAAAUUCUCUCCGUAGCUUAUAAAUGAUUUGCCUGUCGUUUUGGUGUUCAAAAUGUGUUCUGUCAAUCAGUGCUAGAAAAACAUUAAGGAUGGUCAGCCGAACAUGUUAAAAGUGUGAGGGGUCAUGUUUAUUUUAUCGGACAGGAAAACCUUUGAGUUCUGAACACAAUUUCAAACCAAUCUCUAUAUCCAGGAGUUAGAGGAAGUUGCCCCUACACAUUGAGGCCUUUUGCCCCUAAUUGUUAGGGCACUAAGGGAGUGUAAACUGGUUCUAAAUCUAUUCCCAGAAGUGUAACUUCUACCCAGAGACCACAUCCCUAUCAUAGUGCCUUGUCCUUAGAUUCUAAUAUAAUUGGAAGAUUCCAACAAAUCAAAUUCAGGGGGGUGAUAUAAAUAUAGGUAUUAUUUUUUUCUUUGUUUGUAUAUGUAUGAUGUGUCUAGGAGGCUACAGAUGCCGGGGUUGGUUUGAAAUUGAGGACUGUUUUGAUCGUUUUUUGCCUUGAGACCGUUCGUAGUAAAACAAAGCGUUUAAAAAAUAUUUUAAAGUAUUUCUUACAACUAUUGUAUUUCAUAUUUUAAUUGGUUUUGUUGACAUUCUGGCCUCUUGAUUUCCUUAUCUGCUUUCUGUUGUUUAAAAAAUAUAUAUUUAUGGUACAGUGAACAUUUUGCCCAUGAAUAGGUUUAGGAAGGCACAGUCAGAAACAGAAAGAUGUGUUUGUGUGUCAGGAGUGUGCGUGAUUGAGAGGAGGAGGAGGAGGUGGUAUGUUUAAUCCAAGCCCAUUACAGAGUUGGAAUGUCAAAGCUAGCUGAAUGUAGCACGUUUUAUGUUCAGGGAAUUCUGAAGCACACAAACUAUCAACCAAUCACACAGCAGUGUGGCCACAGUCAGUGUUUGUAUGCACCCCCUCCCCAUGUGUACAGUAGGUGUGCAUGUGAUUCUGUGUGUUGUUGAAUGCACUCCCGGUGUGUAUGUGUGAGAAUAUCCUUGUCAAAUGCACACCUGGUUUAUAUGAGUACAAGCAGUCAGACAUACAGGAUUAGAGAGAGUCUUACUUUCUCCUGGUGGGGAAGGGGGCUUUGAACAACAGAAUAUACGUGAGUAAAUAAGAAUGCUGCUAUUGUUGUGGGUUGUGCUGAAUGGAGAGUGUCAAAUAUUUCUGAUGAACAUGGAGAAGACAUUUCCAAAAUGGCCUUAAGAGUUUAAGGUGUCUUCUCAGAAUAAAAGGUCAACCUGA